AUGCUAGGAGUAUCCCACUUCACGCAAGUGAAUGACGGGAUUCGAAGCCCUUUCACGUGUCAACGAUCGAAGAUCAGAGACGCCGCCGCGGUUGCAAAGGAAAGUAGAAUAGGUUGGGCCGCACACGUGAUGCGCUUUAACGACAACAGUUGGACCAGAGCCGUGAGCCACUGGGUUCCCCGCGAUAUUAAGCCCACUAUAGGAAGACGGCUGACCCGCUGGUCAGAUUUCUUUCACGAAGUCCUUGAAAAAAAUUAUGAUGCUCUUCUUGUUCCAAGCGAAAGGAGGAACCACUGGGCGACUCUGACACACGAUCGGGGCAAAUGGAAGGAUGACUGGCUCCCGUUCGACCUGUUCAAAGACCAACAGGAGUCAAGAACUCAAUAA